CUGGCGCAAUGAGAAAGGCUCCUGUGCCUCUGCCGGCGGCGCCGACCCCCCUGGAGGUGCUUCGCGACGUGCUCCUCUUCCAGGGUGACUACGCCUUCGCCUACUACAUCUUCCUCGCCCUGUACUGCGCUGCAUGCUGCCGCAACCUCAAGGAGGCUCUGCCGCGCCUCACGUGGUUCUACGCAAUCCCGCUGGCGGUGCUCACCUCCUUUGGCGGCGGCAUCAUGGUGCCCGUGCUGCUUGGCCUGCCCGCGGCGCCGCUGAUCAACGAGGCGCUGAUCCCGACCAUGAUUAUCGCGUGGGCGUGCGUGCAGUACUUGCACCCUGUGCUCGCCCUGCUGCAGAGCCCGUUCGGCCGCGCGGCCUCCAACUCUGGCUUUGAAGUCUUCCGGUACCACGUGCUGGCGAUCUGCUCCGACCUCGCCUCGAAAACCCUGCCGCCGGUGUCGACCGGCCCCCUCGCCGGCACACUCUCGUGCGCCCUCGUCGGACCGCUGCUGUGCGGCAUGAUCGGCGGGUGCGGCGGCGCCUUCAUGCCGCUGUCCAAUGGACUCAAGGCGCUCGAGGGGUCGACGAUCCCGUGGCGCGUCCAGUCGUCCGCUGUCAUGUCCGCCUGGCACCACUUGCUCACACACGACGCGGCGGUGCGAGCGUCGGCGGCAGAGUACGUCCCUUUCCUGGCGGACCCGGCGAUGGUCAAGCUGUGCGGCAUCCUCUUCUUCGCCGGCUUGCCCGCGCUGCAGCAGCUCGGCCUCCUCCCCGCGGGCCUGCUCGGCCCGAACCCCUUCGUCAUCAACGCGGCCAAGGUCAAGCGCGCGUGAGUGUCCGGCAGCGGGGGCGGACACGCUCCAGCAGGGACGCACCAGGCAGGGAUGGUAAACUGUCGUGACCUCUAGACUUCGCGGUGGCAGUCGCCACGCGCACCUCUGGCAGUCUGGCACUCUCGGGCGCCCCGAGCGCCCGCAAGAGACGGAAACCCACCCUACUGUCUCUCGGCAUACCAACGCGCCGCGCCGGGCCGCCGAGACUUGUGGGUCUUGCUCUUGGGACUUGGCCAUACACCAUGUUGCAUGGAUUGAGUUUUAUGUCCUUUUGGGAAAACACAACACCCCACCAAAA